ACUCCACGGAGAGCGACCAAAGCGGGUGUGGCUGCGGUGCAGGGCUGCGGUGUGGCUGCGGUGCAGGGCUGCAGUGGAAUCCUGUCUUUCAGCUACAUUGUGUGAAUAGGCAAGAGUGACGCCUCAAGGUGUUUAAGGCUGAAGUGCUCUUUAGUUCCCAUUUACCACCAUCAGAGAAGGCAGAGAAAUCAGCAGAACAUUUGAAAUUCAUCGUUAUGGCUGAUGAAAUGUAUUCACUGCUGAGCCUGGAGGAAGAGCUGAAUUGUAGCAUAUGCCUCUCCGUCUUCGAUAACCCGGUGACCACGCCGUGCGGGCAUAAUUUUUGCCAGGAUUGUCUGGAUAAGACCUGGCAGGAUAACGAUCAGGUGGCCCUAGGCUUUAGCUGUCCACAGUGCCGGACCCAUUUCUACACCAAGCCCGAGCUGAAGAAGAACACGGUUCUCAACACCAUAGUGAAGACGUUUAAGCUGAGGUUGGAAGGUUCCAAUGAUGUGGACGUGGAGGUUGAGAAGGUGUCAGAAGUGCCUGAAAUUAUGUGUGACGUCUGUCGGGAAACCAAAGCAUAUAAGACGUGCCUAACAUGCAUGGCGUCCUAUUGCGAGGAGCAUGUGAGGCCGCAUAAGGAAAAUCCGGUUUUUUCGAUGCAUCAGAUGACAGAGCCGCUAUCAGACCUCAAGGAGCGCAUCUGCCUCACUCACAACAAAAUGAUGGAGUUUUACUGCAGCACGCACAGCCAGUGCAUUUGUGUCGUAUGUCUUCAAGAAAAACACAACAGCUGCAGCUUCUGCAAGCCAGAGGAAGGACGCAACAUCCAGGAAUCUGAACUAAAGAAAAUGAUGUAUAAUCUUGAUGGAAAAAUAGAGAAGACCCACACAGUUAUCACUCAGAUGAAGGAGCAGCAGUUUGUACUGAAGGAUUCAGCCAGUAGCAAGAAGAGGAUUCUGGAGAGUGAGUUUCGGCAAAUCCGGGAACUCAUUGACAGAAGUGAGCAGGAAGCCAUGAAGCUUGUGGACCAAGAGCAAGACAGUGGGAAUGAAAAGAUCCAGUCUCUGAUGAAGCGAUCUGCCCUAAACGUGGAACAGAUGAAGGAAACGAAAAAUCAGAUCGAGAGCCUCUUGAGCAAGAAGGAAUCAUUCAUGUUCUUGCAGACUAAAGUAAAUCUGCCCAGAGCAGCGGACAUUAACCCAUAUGUGCCCAGAGUCCAUGUCAAUUCCAGACAGGUUUCAGCCUAUGAGGCCUACACUGUUGCUCUGAAGAAAUUCCUUGAAAACUUGUUGAAGGCACCAGCUGAGAAGAGGCUUCAGCUGCUGAAUGCAGGUGACGAUAUGUUCCGUCAACCUCAGCUACUUAACACAGGUAUGUAUAUUCAGGGGUGUAGGAACCGGAGGGUGAUCUGCCUCCCCGUAUUUAAUUUGGCUUCAUUCAUCCCCCCAACACACAGACCUUUGUAUUUAAAUGAUCCUGUUGUGUCCCCUCAGUCUCAGUCUCUCUCCUACGCCUGUGCAUGUCUUUGUAUAGUUCACAUAUUUUGUAGUUUACUUUGUUGUAUAUCAAGUUGGUUGGUUUUUUUGUGUUUGGUUUUGUUUGCUGGUUUAUACUGUUCUACUCCAGUAACUCAGAAGAAAACACCUUAUCUUCCAAGAGAACCAGCUGCUCCAAAGACCUUUAAUGAGCCUCCAAAAGCCCUAGGUCUUGAUGUCCCCUUUGAACCAAAAAGUGGGCCAAAUGUUUCCUCUGCCGCUAAACGAAGUGAUCUACUGAAGUACGGCGUUGAACUGACUCUGGAUCACACGACGGCCCACAAGCGCAUCCUCCUGUCGGAUAACCUCACGAAGGCCAUGGUGUCUGAGGAGCCGAGUCCUUACCCCGACGGGCCCGGCCGCUUCGCCGUGUGCUUCCAGGUGCUGGCCACCAGAGGCUUCUCUCAAGGACGCCACUACUGGGAGGUCAAGAUGAGCAGCAACAAUUUCUGCGGCCUCGGCCUGGCCUACAAGAGCAUCGAUUGUGAUGGCCUCACCAGCCGGCUGGGCCGCAACACCCAGUCCUGGUGCCUGGAGUGGUCCAACUUUAUUCUCUCUGCCUGGCACAACAGCAGUGUGACGGUGCUGGAAAACCGCAACCCCAGUCGGGUAGGCAUCCUGCUGGACUACGAUGAGGGCACCAUCACCUUCUACAACGUGGCCGACAGGGCCUACCCCUUCUACACUUUCAUUCAGCGCUUCUCAGAGCCUGUUUAUCCAGCCUUCUGGAUCUUCUCCAGUGGAUCUCAUAUCACUCUGUGUAAGAUGACCAACUGAUCCGAUGCCCGUGCAAAUUAUCCAAAGCACGCCCAUAACCUGGUGCUUAUGUUUUUGCUGAAUACUGGCAAUUAGAACAGUAGUUAGUGUCUUAUUACUGGGGGUGAAUAAUACAAACAAUGAUAUUAUAAUAUACCUAAUAAUGAAAUCAAACUUUGAUUAUUACAUAUGAUUUUGUUUGCGAAAUUAAUGCUAACAUUUACAUAAAACCUUAUCUUAAAUCUGUCCAAUGGAAAAACAUGUAUAUCUCCAAAAGUUCUUUAUUUCAGAAGUGUGGAAAAAUGCAUUUUCUUGUAAACUACAUUGCAAAUUAAACCUUAAACAACACAAUGAGGCUCCCUUAGCGCCACAAACAGAAACCUGUCUUUACACAGCCAGCAGUGAACGGUUUAAUGUUUUAAAUGGACUUACGUGGAUUGUUGUCAGCAAGGCAAAUAUGUCCCUGACAAAAUACAAUCUAAUCUCACUUUAUAUUCACAAUUAAUAAUGAUGUUACUUAUCUAGCUGUCUAGCUGUUAAUGUUGUUAAAAUUAGUGAUAUAAAGUAAUCCAUACAAAUGACCAUGAAUACAUAUCUUAACCAGUACUAUAAAUAGACAGAGGAGAAUUCCAUCUACAGUAAAAAGUCAAAAUCAAAAUGUGGACAUGUGCAUGUCCAUUGGGAAGCGACAUAAUGAUAAUUACACAGUGAUGCCUUAUGUUUAACGGCAGACAUUUUUAUGUGCAUGUCCAUUGGACAGCGACAUAAUGAUAAUUACACAGUGAUGCCUUAUGUUUAACGGCAGACAUUUUUACUCUUUUAUCCAAGCAGGGUGGGGGAGUGAGGCUCCAACUCCAAACUUUUGUUAUGAGCUUCACUGAGAAACUGUACAGUGUCUUGUACCGGAUAACAUGAGUAAACAGUGUCAGUAUGCUAACAGGUAUCUCAAAGCUAAGCUUCCACUGCGCUGCUGAAAAUGCUGUUUUCACAUUCUGAGUGUGAUCAUCAGAAAAAUUUAAAUUCAAGAAAACCCUCUGGCCAUGUAUCCUGAGCAUAACACUUGUGGUUCACUAGCUAGGGACUGUAAUCAGAAACCAGAUGCUUUUUUAUCACUGAUGUACACUGGAAUGACUGAUGUACACUGGAAUGACUGAUGCAUUCUGUGAUCCUGGUCAUGUUGUACAUCCGUAAUUUGAUGCAGCUGAUGAGGCCGAGAAUUAUUUUACAUCUGGAGAAAUUACAGACCUCCUUCAUAUUUUACAGACUGCCAGUGGAACAUCCAGUCGAUCUGGAAUCUGGUGUAUUAAUGAUAAAGUCAAAAGCCUUAAUGUUUACUUAAAAAGGUAGUUCAAUAAAAUAAUAAUUUCCAGGUUUUUAUAAUUAUGAUUUAAUUGAAAGGGUACAAUAUGAAUUGUGAUCCAUUCAAAAAUAAUAAUCCCUAAUGCAGUAAGUCUAAUUCAUUAGGAUUUCAGAAAACAGUUGGGAACUGGGAUUAGAUUUUUGUUGUUUAGUUUAUAUUGAGAUUUGGGUGUUGAAAUGUUUUACUAUUUGAGGUGACAUGUCUUUGGUUCAUUUAAAAGGUUCUAUUCUUAGGGGCUGAGACUUAGUGGGUUCUGAUGCUGUGUCUAUGACUGGAAGGUUGCUGGUUCAAAUCCGAGGCCUAGAGUGAGUUCAUUGUUGGCUCCUUGAGCAAUGCCCUUAACUGCCAGUUGCUCCAAGGACGGCCAAAUACGUAAACUGUAUACACUGGCUAGAAGUAUCAUGAGAAUUCAGCACGGUGUUGGCCCCUGGUCAUCAUUGUCUUUUGCUUUAGCAAAACACAGUUAAUAGCAAUGUGGUCCAGCUGUAAUACAGGGGAACUGGGCCCUUAACCCAUCACUGGUCACCUUCCUCCAAACGUACUUGAGAAAUCACAGCCAAAUAAACAGGUGAUGUUAAUUUCUGUUGCCAUAGUAUUUGGGGGCAAUUAUUAUACAAUAUUUAAAAAGUCACCUAGGGAAUUUUAGAAGGAAUAAAAGAAUCGUAAGUUGAUAGACAGAAUGAAACCAAUAUCAUGUUGUAGCUCAUAAUAGAUGUCAUUAUUUGUAUGCUCGGUGUCCUGUAAAGAACGUGCAUCUGUCAGGGAUCAAUGGACAGCACUGAUAAUAAAGUGCACCUUGUAUGGUGAUUCCUUCCCAAGUCA